AUGGCUUCUUCUUCUUCUUCUUCUUUAUCACCCUCUUUGUUACAAACCUGGACGCACGAUAUUUUUCCGAGCUUCCACGGGAAAGAUGUACGAAAGAACUUUCUCAGCCACGUUCUCAAGGAGUUCGAAAGAAAAGGAAUCAACUCUUUUGUUGAUAAUGAGAUGGAAAGAGGAGAUUUCAUCGGACCUGAACUCAAGCGAGCGAUCAGAGAAUCUAAGAUUAUUGUUGUCUUGCUCUCAAAAAAUUAUGCUUCUUCGUCAUGGUGUCUUGAAGAAUUAGCGGAGAUCAUGAAGAAAGAGUCUGGUCAAAAGGUGAUUACCAUUUUCUAUGGAGUAGAACCAAUUGACGUAAGGAAGCAGAAGGGAGACUUUGGAAAGGUCUUCAAAAAAACAUGCAAAGGUAAAGGCAAAGAGAAAGUUCAUACAUGGACGAUAGCUUUGAAGGGUGUGGCCACAAUCGCAGGUUACGAUUUCAGCAACUGGUUCGUUGAUAAUGAAGCAGCCAUGAUUGAAAACAUCGCUGCUUAUAUUUCUAACAAGCUUAAUCAUUUGAUACCGUCACGUGAUUUUGACCGUUUAAUUGGGAUGGAAGCUCAUAUGAGUAGGAUAAAUCAGUUUCUACACCCUGAUUUAGAUGAAGUGAGGAUGAUUGGUAUUUGGGGUCCGGCCGGGAUUGGGAAGACCACCAUCGCCAGGUUUCUCUUUAACAAAAUCUUCGGCGGUUUCCAAAAUAGCGCAUUCAUGGAGAAUAUCAAAGGAAGCUAUCCAAGACCUUGUCUUAACGAGUAUGGUGCACAGCGACAACUACAAAAAGAAAUGUUGUCUCAAAUGUUUCACCAGGAAAAUAUUGUGAUUCCUCAUUUAGGAGUCGCAAGAGGACGGUUAGGAGACCGGAAAGUGCUUCUCGUUCUUGAUGAUGUGGAUCGGUUAGCACAAUUAGAAGCAUUGGCUAAAAAUGUACAAUGGUUUGGCCCUCGAAGCUUGAUUAUCAUCACAACAGAAUAUCUAAGACUUUUGCAGGCACAUAAGAUCGAGCAUAUAUACAAGGUGGAUUUUCCAUCAAAUAAUGAGGCUCUUCAAAUGUUCUGCAAGUAUGCUUUUAACCAAAAGUCUCCUAAAGAUGGUUUUAAUGAACUUGCUUGUGAAAUUGCAUACCGUGUUGGCAAUCUUCCUUUAGGACUAAAGGUUAUUGGAUCCCACUUUCUAGGAUUGCCCAAGGAGGAAUGGCCAAUGGAAGUAUCAAGGUUAAGGACUACCCUUGAUAGAGAUAUUGAGAGCAUUUUGAAGUUCAGUUAUGAUGCUUUAUGUGAUGAAGAUAAAGAUUUAUUCCUCCAUAUAGCUUGCUUUUUCAACAGUAUGGAUAUUAAGAAAGUUGAAGAAUAUCUUGCUGAAAGUUUCGACCAUGUGGGUCAAAGGCUUCAUGUGUUAGCUGAUAAAUCACUGAUAUAUAUUGAGUUGUUUAUGAAUGAGUUGUUUAUUAUGCAAAAUCGUAUAAGAAUGCAUAAUAUGUUGGCCCAACUAGGUAAGAAAAUUGUCCAAUCUGGUAAGCUUCGACAACGCCGGUUUUUGUUUGAUCAUAAGGAUAUAUGUGAAGUAUUGAUUGAUACUACAAGAAUGACAAGUGUUGUAGGCAUAUACUCCAAUUAUCAGUUAAAUGUAUCUGAGAAAGCUUUUGAAGGAAUGUCUAAUCUCCAGUUCUUAAGAGUCAGCUAUGAUCGUGAUCAUCAAAACAGUAUAUCUUCUAUGGGACCUCUGAGCUUUAUAUCACCAAACCUACGGUUGCUAGACUUGUCAGAUUUCCCGAUGACAAGAUUGCGUUUCAUGAAUAACCUGAAGUUUCUUGUCGAAUUUAGCAUGGUUGACAGCAAACUUGAGAAGCUGUGGGACGGAACUAAAAUACUUCGAAAUCUCAAGCGGAUGAAUUUGAAAAAUUCUAAGAACCUGAAGGAGCUACCUAACCUUUCAACAGCCACGAAUCUCGAAAGAUUAUAUCUCAAUGGAUGCUCAAGUCUGGUGGAGCUCCCUUCCUCUAUUGUGAAUGCAACUAGUCUCCAUUAUUUGAAUCUCAGUGAUUGCUCAAGUCUGGUAUCACUCCCGCAGCUUUCGGAUUCCCUAAGGUACCUAGAUGCACGAAAUUGUGAGUCCCUAGAGAAACUAGAUUGCUCCUUCUGCAAUCCAGGUAUUUGGCUCUACUUCGGUAACUGCUACAAACUAAAUAAAGAAGCAAGAGAUCUCCUCAUCCAGACAUCACCUCUUGAAUUGGUGGUCUUACCCAGUAAAGAAGUGCCUAUGUGCUUCACUUACAGAGGUUAUGGGAGUUCCGCAACAGUGAAGUUGAAUCAAAAGCAUCUUCCUACUUCAACCAAAUUUAAGGCGUGCGUCUUGUUUGAAAAAAAGGGUUGUAUUGAUUGGGACACAAUUUGUGUGUAUACCAAGAAGAAUAAGGAACGAGGGUCGGUGUCUUGUUGCAUCGGAGACAAUAUGAAAGAUCGUGGUGAAGACAUUCCAAUUUUAACGGAGCAUCUAUACAAUUUCGAAGUUACAAUAGAUGAGAUGGCUUCCACCGAGCUUGUGUUUGAUUUCUGGUAUAGUGACAAAUACACUGGCAUGACUGACGAGAUAAAUGAAUGCGGGAUGAUCCACAUGUUGGAAUAA